AUGUUGCAGAUUGGUAAAGGAAAUCAAUGCUGUAAGCAAAGAUUUUACGUUAGUUUUAAGGCCCUGGGUUGGGAAGACUGGGUGAUAGCCCCACAAGGGUACUACGCAAAUUACUGUAGAGGUGACUGUGGUCAUCAUCGUACUCCUGACACUUUUGUCACGUAUCACACUCACGUGAUAGAAGAAGUACGAAAAACACAGCAUCUGUCAGGCAUGACGCCUUGUUGUGCACCAUUAAAAUUUUCCAGUAUGUCUUUAAUUUAUUAUGGUCCCGAAUCGACGAUAAUUAAGAGGGAUUUACCCAAAAUGGUUGUAGACGAGUGCGGUUGUCCUUAA